GUGUGUGUAUGUGUGUAUUUUUUUUUUUAAUUGUCUCUAUACAUUUCAUUUACUAUUUUAUUUAUGGUGGUAUAAACAUACACGUGAAUAUACAACUUUUAUCAUAGUUUAUUGACGUCAAUUCAUUUAAAAACAAAAAAAGAAAGAAAUUUUGUAAAAUAAAAACCAAACAAGUGGAAAAACAAUUUUUGAGAGACACAAUGAACGGAAACGUUGUACCGAUUGAUAUCAAGAUGGAUUGGAAAAACAAUGCGGAAAUGAAAAGACGUGAAAGAAAGGGUGUUGUUUAUCAGAUAUUAAUGAGUCUCAGUGCAAAUUUCGUAAUAAUUGGACCAGCUAUGGGGUUUGGUUACAGUGCUGUUGCACUUGGACCACUUAGAUCUGAGUCAAGUGACGUUCAAAUUAAUUUUAAUCAAGCUAAUUGGAUCGCAACUUCAUCAGCUUUGGGUAUUCCAAUUGGUUGCGUUUUAUCGAGUUUUUUGAUGAGACGUGGUAGGAAGUUAACAUUGUUGAUGGUAUCGAUAAUAUCAUUCAUCGGUUGGAUAAUUAUUUACAUGUCAAACAGUUAUGAACAAAUAUUAAUUGGCAGAGUAAUAUCUGGCAUUGGUACGGGAUUAGGAUCGAUACCUGCCACUGUUUAUUCUGGUGAAAUUGCUAAUAUUAAAUGGCGUGGUACUAUGGUUACUUGGACUGGAAGUUUCAUAGCUUUGGGAGUUUUGAUAGUUUACUUUUUUGGUUGUAUCUUUAAGGAAGAUUGGCGAAUGAUAGCACUAAUGUGUUCAUUAUUCCCCAUAUUAUCAAUUGCACUGAUAGUACUAGUAUUACCAGAAUCCCCUAUGUGGUAUCGAGAACGUGGUAGAUUGGAGGAAGCUGUUGAAACAUUAAAAAAAUUUCGUGGUAUACCAAAAGAUGAUCCUGCCACUACCGACAUUUUAUUAGAAUUAAAACCAAAUAAUCAACAACGACACAAAAAACAUCUAAUGAAACAUUUGUUUAGAAGAAAUGCAAUAAUACCAUUUGCAAUAAUGUUGAUUUACUUUUUGUUUCAACAAUUUUCGGGAAUAUUUGUGAUGGUUUAUUAUGCUGUUGACAUUGUUCAAAGUGCUGGCAUCAAAUUGGAUCCAUAUUUGGGUGCAGUUUUUAUCGGUGUUGCUAGAUUUAUCGGUAGUAUAGUGAUUGCAUUAUUUUCAUCGAAGUAUGGUAGAAGAGUACCAUCGAUAGUUUCUGGAAGUGGCAUGACACUAUCCAUGGGUAUGUUGUCCAUUUAUUUACUCAUGAAUGAUAAAGGAUACGUCAUCAAAGAUGGUGGUAUUAUACCUGUUAUCUGUGUAGUAACUUACAUAUUUUUAAGUACACUUGGUUUCUUAUCGAUACCAUUUGCCAUGAUUGGUGAAAUUUAUCCGAGUAAAGUCAAGGACAUACUUUCUGGAUUAACAACAUGUAUCACUUAUAUAUUUAGUUCAAUUACUAUUAAAACUUAUCCAAAUAUGUUAUUAGUUAUGGGUAAACAUGGUGUUUUCUUUUUUUAUGCAAUUGUGUCAUUAUUGGGAACACUUUUUAUAAUAUUUUGCUUACCAGAAACCAAAGGCAAAUCAUUGAAUGAGAUUGAAGAGAUGUUUAAUAAAAAAAAGAAUGACAGUAAUGUUUUAGAAAGUGAUGGUACAGUUGCCAUGGUUUCUAAUGGUGUUGAAAAUAUACAAGUUGAUCAUGUCAAUGUUAACAGAGUUUAAGUUUAAGAUUGACUGGGUUUUUUCUU